CUCGGUGCGGCUCCGCUGCCGGCUCGGACUCAACCAGAAACAUCUGAGAUUGACAUGCAUCCAGCUCCCACUAGAGCAACGUGAAGCUAAGAGUGAAGAAGAAUGUCGUUGUUUAAAGCUCGAGACUGGUGGUCCACUGUACUUGGGGAGAAGGAAGAAUUUGAUCAAGGCUGUCUGUGUGUUGCUGAUGUCGAUAAUAGUGGCCAAGAUAAGAUUAUUGUGGGCAGUUAUAUGGGAUAUCUCCGUAUCUUUAAUCCACAUCCUGUGAAACCUGGAGAUGAAGUGCAAGCUGAGGACUUGCUCUUGGAAGUGCAGUUACGAGAGCCAAUACUACAGGUGGAAGUGGGCAAAUUUGUUUCUGGUACUGAAGGACUUCAUCUGGCUGUGCUGCAUUGCCGAAGACUCUGUGUGUACGCUGUUUCAGAAACUCUGGGGAAUGUAGAACAUGGUAACCAGUAUCAGAUUAAACUGAUGUAUGAGCACCAUCUUCAGCGAACUGCUUGUAAUAUGACUUAUGGACCAUUUGGUGGUGUAAAAGGUCGAGAUUUGAUAUGUAUACAGUCCAUGGAUGGGAUGCUAAUGUUAUUUGAACAGGAAAGCUACGCUUUUGGCCGUUUUUUACCUGGUUUUCUUCUGCCUGGUCCCUUGACUUACAGCUCUCGGACAGAUUCUUUCAUUACAGUGUCUUCCUCUCGACAGGUUGAGAGUUACAAAUACCAAGUGCUGGCAUUUGCAACGGAUGCUGAUGGAAGACAAGAAACAGUACAACAAAAACUUAGUUCUGGAAAGAAACUUGUGGUGGAUUGGGUUCUCAACAUUGGAGAACAAGCACUGGAUAUAUGCAUUGUCUCCUUUAAUCAGGCAGUUUCUUCUGUUUUUGUACUUGGUGAGAGAAGCCUCUUCUGCCUGAAGGAUAAUGGACAAAUUCGCUUCAUGAAAAAGCUUGAUUACAGUCCAAGUUGCUUCAUUCCUUAUUGUUCAGUGAAAGAAGGAACAAUAAACACUCUAGUUGGAAACCAUAGUAAAAUGCUGUAUGUUUAUCAAGAUAUUACACUGAAAUGGGCCACUCAGCUUCCCCAUGUUCCUGUAUCUGUAAAAGUAGCCAAUUUACAAGGUCUGAAGGGUGUCAUAAUUACUCUGAGUGACAGUGGGCAUCUGCAGUGUUCCUACCUUGGUACUGAUCCUUCGCUCUUCCAGGCUCCUAGGGUUGAUUCUAAGGAAAUAAACUAUGAAGAAUUCAAUGCUGAAAUGAAGGAGCUUCAGAAAAUCAUCAAGGAAGCCACAAAAACACAAGAUAUUUUGCCCGAGUCUGAAAAACACAGAGAUUUAAUUGUCACUGCAGAAGUUUCACCAGACUUGGACGUGGAGUCUCAAGCCAUUGACAGUGAAGUAAAAGCAGAGGUAGUACCAUCAGUCACAGUAAAGGUAACAAUACAGAGCAGAGUGACUGCACAGAAACCAUACCUGGCAGUAUGUGUCCAAGCUCCAUUAGCAGUGACCUGUGACCGGUUCACCUUUAAUGAUUUAGAUCCAGGAUCAUCUGAAACUGUGGUCCUAUCUGUCUUCUUGAAGGGAAAUUUUCCUCCAUCAGAACUAGAAGGAAAUUGUGUGUUGUCAUGUAAUACACCAACCGAGCUCAAUCCUGAAGGGAUACCGAAAUUUGCCCAGUGUAAAUUCAAGCUGCCGUUGCGAUUAGUUUGCUUUCCAGCUCAACCUUCAAAAUCAGCAAACCACAAGCUAACUAUUGAUACCAAUAAACCUCCCAUCAGUUUUCUCACCAUUUUUCCAGACUUUGCUGAUCCAUCUGAGGAUGACCAGGCAAAUGUUCUGGGAUUUCAGUUCUUAACAGGUUCAAAAAUCACUCUUCUUGCUUCAAAAACAUCACAACGAUACAGGAUCCAGAGUGAUCAGUUAGAAGACCUUUGGCUAGUAACAAAGGAAUUAACACUCAGACUGGAAGAACAUUUCAAAAAGCAAAACUGCAAAGACUUUGCAUGUACCUUUUCCGGCUCUGUUCCUCUGCAAGAAUACUUUGAACUAAUUGAUCGGCAUUUCGAGCUACGCUUGAAUGCUGAAAAAUUCCAGGAGCUGUUAUCUGAAAGGGCCAUACAAUUCAGAGCUAUCGAGCGACGAUUGCUGACACGAUUUAAAGAUAAAACUCCUGCUCCUCUUCAACAUCUGGACACCUUGCUAGAAGGAACGUUCAGAGAGGUAAUAGCUCUAGCAGAUGCAGCAGAAGAAAAUCAAGCCAACAUGUUCCAGGCAUUCACAAAGUUGAAAAGUGCCACCCAUCUUGUGAUUAUGCUGAUCGGCCUAUGGCAGAAACUCAACGCUGAUCAAGUUGCUAUUAUGGAAGCUACAUUUUUGCCAUUAGCAGAAGAUACACAAGAGCUGGGUUGGGAAGAAACUGUGGAUUCUGCCAUUUCUUUCUUGCUAAGAACUUGCUUGUCAAAGAGCUCUAAGGAACAAGCCCUGUCUCUCAGCAGCCAGUUAAGCAUGCCCAAAGACACUAGCAGACUUAAGAAGAAUAUCAGCCUAUUCUGUGAUAGAUUGGCAAAAGGUGGUCGCCUUUCUUUAAGCACUGAAACAGCCACUCAACAAGCCACUGUUGUGCCAGGUGGCUGUGCUACAAUCCCAGAGUCUGACUUAGAGGAGCGAGCAGUCGUACCGGGCUCCGCAGCAGUGAUCUCCCAUCACAAGCACACUGCAAAGCAGAAAUCCAACCCUGGUUUGUCUGAGGAUGCAGCAGAGGAAGCCAAAAAGCCAUGAAAUAUGAAGAUGACCCUCAGGAGGAAUUUCUAUCUGAUAUCAAAUGCAUUUAUAGUGCAGCAGUACUGAUCCUUUUCACUCUGUAUCAAUUACAGCCUUCAGAAGGAGAGGACUGUGACAAUUUAUACCAAAAUGUUCAUUUCUAAUAAUUUCAGUUGGAUCUUCCUGAGAACUGCUAGCAUUUUUUCUGUGAGCAAAGCUUAUGCACUUACUCAACUGUGGUAGGGACGUUGUGUUAAGUUUUGUGAUACAUCAGCCCUUCCUAAGGAUUCUGCUGAUUGAUCAAAGACUGUUUACAUAUAGUUAAAAGCAACCUUUGUUUCAGGAUAUGUUUUAUCUGUUUUUUAAGAUAUUCUGAACUAUACCUCCCUUUGAGAUUAUAUUAACAUUUGCUAUAUCACAGCUCUGACAAAAGAUAACUAUCUCUUUUCCUCCUGUACUAACAUUCACCAUUCCAGACGGCUGAAUUCACCACAAGAAGAAAAACUGGUAAUCCAUCAACUCUUUUUUGGCCUACCCCCUCCCCCUCAUUGCUUAUACAAACUCCUGCUCUCAGGAGAUACAGAGUAAAAUAUGGUUACUGGACGUAAAGGGCAAACCCUUUUGCCAUUAACAAUGUCACUACUACGUGAAUAAAGUUUACACUUUAAAUGCCCUGAGCACAGCAACACAUGGAUCUUUCUAUGGUUACCUGUUAUUCCUGCUUUUCUUGUGAUUCAGCCUGUUAGGGUUAGAUUUUCAAAACUGGCAGUUUUUGAGUGCCUUAAUUUUAAUGAAUCCAGUUGGAGGGGGCUUAGAGGUUUCAGUUUUUAUGAAGUGCAGAACACUCGCAUUCUGAAAAUCAGGUCCACAUGAGGUGCCUGAAAUGCAACACCCAACAACGGAGACAAGCCAAACACCCUUGUAAACCUUGGCCUAGGGUUUGGAAGAGUCACACUCAUGUCUGACUUCCUGAGAGUGAGCUGAGUGUGGUAUCAAACGAAGAUAUUUGGAACUGAAAACAAGUGAGACCAGAGUCGAGAGUAAAGACAGACAUCUGAGCAAACUCUCUCUUGGCUGUUGCUGGUUCGUAAAAAAUUAGAAGCUGUGGGGUUUUUUUAGAUUACACAGAAAGCAUGGUAGGUCUCAGCUUAGUUUCUGCAAUGGCAUGAGCCAUGUCCACUUCCCACUCUCCCGUUGAUUUCAUUAACUCUGGUUCUAACCAUAGAAAAGGUCCCUCCAACUCACUUUUCUGCUGUUUUGGCAAGGGUUGUGAUAGUUGCUGUGGUCUGUACAAGACUUGAACUAAAAGGAGAAAAUUUUCAGGAUCUGUUAAGCCUGCAACUUUCAUGGCCUUCAUAUUUACUUUCAACUUCUUUGUGUCCACCCUCAAAACAAAACCAGUUUGCAACAAUUAUGGAUCUGUUGCUUAAUGCUUUGGUCCUAUUCUGGCUCAGUAAGCAUGGUAAAACCACAUUUCACUGAGCCCUUUUCAACAUGUUAGCUAUUACAUGGAACAAAGCGGACAAGACGCUGGGUAAGCUUUCUGAUACCUCUAGAAUUGAAGUGAUCAGGGCCUCACAAUAAAAAAGUCUUUACCCCAAGAGACCUCAGAUAUCUGAAGUCAUGGUGCCAGAAUUCUUGCCUCUUUCCCAGGAAGGAAAAAUCCUACACCCUACUUGUUAUGCAGGGAUUCUGCUGCUUGAAUUUCCUUCGCUCUGAUCCCUCCCCCAUGGUCUUUGUCAAGAGGGCAGUAUCCAAACCAUUGUAAGGGUAUCCUGCUGCGCUGUGAAAAUUACCCAAUAAAAUAAUCUCCUGUAGUUUCUGUACACACCUCAAUGACCAAAGAAAAUCCAUGGAGAACUAAUCAAUUACUGUAGCUAUUAGGAUUAAACUUUAACUGUAGAUCUCAAAUCUUCUUUUGUGAGUGGCUGCUAGGUAAUCUAGAAAAAUCCUCUACAGUCUAUUAUAUUUUACCCAUGCCAUGUAAGUGCCAUUAUGCUGUAGAAUCCUGGACCAAAGAAUCCUGAGCUAGAUGUGUAUGAUAUUAGCUGGAAAAUAUAGUGCUGUGAGAAAUAUAUUUCUCUGUCAUAAUUAUAAUUGUUGAAUGUGAUCCCAAUGCUCAGAGCUGCCUCGAUUCGUCAGGUAAUUAGGGUAAACAAAUGGGCACUCAGGUCAGUUAUUUCAUACACUCUUGUUUUCGGUCAUUUUAACAUGUAAGGCUCAGAAGCACUCUUAUUUGUCUUUUCUGCUUGAUGCUUUGUAAAAUGAGGUCUAUGAGAAUACCGUUAUGGAAAGGGGAAAACAUGCUGGUAAUAAAGAAAAAAAAAGGUAGAACUGACUAGUCCUAAUGUAUGACCUCUUUGUAUAUUGUGCUAAAUUGUGGAUUGUGGUAGUAUCAUCAAGAUUUAGGAGAGAAAUACAGUUGUUUUGAGUAAAAAUCACUUUGUUUUCCCCAAUGCCAAAUAGUCCAGCUAAUUCAGAGCAAGGAAGUAGUUGAAAUGUAGUCAUUUACACACCAGGCUAAGAGGAAAUAUUGUAAUUUUUAGCAGUUUUCAAAUGUUGUUUGAAUUUUUAAGAAAAUUCUUUAUGGUUGAGGGAAAAAAAUAAAAAUAAAAAUCAGGCUGCUUGCUGGGAGCUUCAAAGUUAGAGAGUUGGCCAACCAAAAAAUGUAAGGAAACACUGGAAGGUUAGAGGUCCAAAUGUUCAGUUUGCAUUGACAGUGUUUCUGAGGCCAAAAAAACCACUGCUGACCAACCAAAUAAUUCUGAACAGGAUUUUAGAGAAAUGUCUAAUCAACUGUUUGGUUAAUUAGAAGAUUACAAUGUUUUCAGGUAAAGUGGGGUCUGUAGUAUAAAUGUCAUAUCUAGAAACCUAGCGUUUUAUUCUGCAAAAAAGGUUACUCAUAUAAAAAUGUUAUUUUCUGAGCUUAAAUAUGCAUUCUGUUUGAAUAUCUAGCUAUUCAAGGAGAAAUUUAUAUUUUUAGUUGGCUCAAAGAUAAAAAUUAAUUUUAAUUGAUCAUUUUAUUAAUAUCAAUUUUGGAUACUUAUAUCUAAAGUGAAUUUUGUAAUAUUUUGAAAACUAAACAGA